GUAAGACAUCUGCAGAUGAAAAAAAGUUUGAGAAUAAGUGUUGUAAUCCAUCUCUGCACUUUACCUGAAGCAUCUCUUUAUUUAAUAUUCAUUCAUCUUCCUUUUCCUCACUAUUGGAUCUCUCUCUCUCUCUCUCAAAAAAAAGAAUUUUCUCCUUGCUCUUCCAAAUGUAAACUUAUAGAUUUUCUGAUUUGUGUUCUAGGUGUGUUCAUUGUUUCAGCCAAACGAACACCUUUUGGGGCUUUUGGAGGUCUGCUCAAGGAUUUCACAGCCACUGACCUGACCGAAUGUGCUGCACGUGCUGCAUUGUCUGCUGGCAAAGUCUCCCCUGAGAUUAUUGACAGUGUCAUUGUGGGUAAUGUCAUGCAGAGCUCUUCAGAUGCUAUUUAUAUAGCAAGGCAUGUUGGUUUGCGUGUGGGAAUUCCUAUCCCAGUUCCAGCCCUUACUGUCAACAGGCUCUGUGGUUCUGGUUUCCAGUCCAUCGCCAAUGGAUGUCAGGAAAUUUGCCUUAACGACUCAGAAGUGGUUCUUUGUGGUGGAUCAGAAAGCAUGAGCCAGGCGCCGUACAUCGUCCGAAAUAUUCGAUUUGGAACCAAAUUGGGAACAGAUAUCAAGAUGGAGGACUCUUUAUGGGCAGGGCUAACAGACCAACACAUUAAUACUCCAAUGGCAAUUACUGCUGAAAAUCUGGCUGCACAGUAUAACAUUACAAGAGAGGACUGUGACCGAUAUGCAAUGAAAACACAGCAGAGAUGGAAAGUUGCUCAAGAUGCCGGUUACUUUAAUGCUGAGAUGGCACUAGUUGAAGUGAAAACAAAGAAAGGGAAGCAGCCGAUGGAACAGGAUGAGCAUCCUAGACCCCAAACCACCCUAGAACAGCUGGGAAAGCUCCCUCCUGUCUUCAAGAAAGAUGGGACUGUCACUGCUGGAAAUGCUUCGGGAGUAUGUGAUGGAGCAGGGGCACUUAUCAUUGCCAGUGAAGCAGCACUUAAAAAGCACAGCCUCACUCCUCUGGCUAGAAUAGUAUCCUAUCACGUGUCUGGGUGUGACCCCAACAUUAUGGGCAUUGGACCCGUGCCUGCCAUUACUGAGGCCUUGAAGAAAGCAGGACUCUCCCUGAAAGACAUGGAUUUGGUAGAGGUCAAUGAGGCUUUUGCUGCUCAGUAUUUGUCAGUUGAAAAAGUUUUGGGUCUAGACCCUGAAAAAACCAACGUCAGUGGAGGUGCCAUUGCUCUAGGUCAUCCUUUGGGAGCAUCAGGAUCAAGGAUCACUGCUCAUCUGGUUCAUGAGUUAAGGCGUCGUGGAGGCAAAUAUGCAGUCGGGUCAGCUUGCAUUGGAGGUGGACAAGGUAUUGCUCUUGUCAUUGAGAACACAGUGUAAGAGAAUUGGAGAAUUCAAUGUCCAACAACUAACACUGACUGUUACAUGCUCACCAAAUAAAAGAAUAAUGAAAGGUAAUACCUUCAUCUGAUGAAUAUGCUGAAUGAAGGAAAGGCUGUAAAGUCUGAUUGCUGAACAAAAUAACUUGAUUGAUUUUUAUGAUGUCCUUGUAAUUAUACUAAAUGUAAAACCACUAUAACUUCAAUCUUCUGACAUUUCUUCAGAUUCUUUCCAAUUUAAUAAAAUUUGUGUCUCCUUGGCCCUUAACUCUUCAGGAAAUUAUGUCUGACUAUCAAAUAUCUACCAAACUUUCCUUAUGCCAAGAAUGCCAAAGCCAUACCAAAUACGGGCUUUGAUCUUUUUUUAAACAGUUCUUUUGUCUAAAAUAAACUUCUUUGAAGAUCUGUGCUCCUUUUGCAUUGCCUGAAAAUGUAGUUGUCUUCAUACUAUUGAAGAUUGUUUCUAUGAAAAGCAUGUCUUGCAGAAUUCUGUGUGCCUUUUUGUAUUUGCCAUAUUGAAAAAACUAAGAGAAAACUGUGAAAUCUCAACUGUGCCUCACAAUAAAAAUGAUAUUGACUUUG